GUACAGUUGUUCACCGCACUAACGCGCUCUCGAUGCCGUCCGACGGCCCUGGCGAUUGUGGGAUUUUUUACGGCAAGCCACCACCACUUCCUGUAUUUAACCACAAGGAUAACGCUGCAACGUCGUUCUUUUGAAUUUGGUGACGCAUCCCACGACGCCGAGCAUUCGUCACACGUAUUUGCAUCAUGGUGACGACGCGCACGAUGGACGAAGGUCCGAGUUCACAGGCUGGGUUCAUGCCACGUGUCGGCUAUAUUCUAAUGGACUCCCUUUGGAGCGUGCAUGACACAGUAGCCGGCCACUUGCGACGUGAAAUCGCACCCGCUUUCGCGGCACUGGGCCGAGGGCAUACAAUGGUUGCGGCACAGCCCAUUCGAUAUCACUUUGAGCCGGCACCCUUGAGCGCUGCACCUUUCGUAAACCCCGCGGUUGGAAGCUGAUCUUUUGGGGCCGCUGGAGUCGGCUGACGUAUCGACCUUUGGCGGGACGACUUCGACCACUUUAAUCAGGUGUUUAUGCUUGCGACAAUAUCCCUUGAGCUUGGCAGUAAUCGUACACCCUCGUGCUUUGCAUAGCACGGACCCAGGAAUUGUCAAAGGGUCCUCCCCCAACGCGCCCGUCAUCAUCUGAGCUUGGAUUGUUUGGGCAUGGCUUCUACAAUACCCUUGGGUCUUGGCAGUCAAAGCACAGCCCGGAACCUUGCACAAUGGUACGUCAUGACUCGUGGCUCCACUCGAACUCAACAGUCCCAUGCUGGACGAGAAGAAUUCGGAGGGCUCUUCCACAGUGCGUGUAUUUUCAUCGGUUGCGCUGUCCUCCAUGACGCGUUGGUGCGCUUCACACAGGUCCGAGUCGGCCUGCACCGAAGACAUGCAGCCAGAUCGCGAGCAAAUGGACGAACUUUUCGAUGACGAGUUGAACGACUCGUACGCUCGAGACAGACCAUGUGGACCAGCUGCACUGCCUGGCCCCGAAGCUUUCGAUUGUACGGACGAGUGGGUCAACAAGGACUCGAGGUAGUGCUUUCGACAGAGUCCAUUUGUCUUUUGUACGAGGGUACAGAAUUGAGUUUGGCAAGUCGCAGGGGUUGCCACAGAAGAGACGUGGAUCGAGGCAGGUGCAGCUGAUGAAGCGACGACAGAGUGCUCGAUGUUGUCGUGGAUGGAUGUCGUUGCAAGUUGGACAGACUGGGAUGUAUUCACGUUGUUGGAGAUGGCGAUGGUCGGAGUAGCAUGACACGCAAGGGAAUUGGAUGGCGUGUCGGGCGGCGCUGCCGCCGCAUGCUCGGUACCAUCCGUACUGGUUGGGACUGUGCAAGGAGCCUUGUUCGAAGUCAAGGCGCCCUCUCCUCCCUCAAUUCUUUUGUCCUCGUGCUCUCGGCAAUACUCGCCGCCGUGGCGGAGGUUGUUGCAUGCGUCAACUUGGCAUCGACGCGCGCUGAAGUGGUCCCGGCAAUACCCAUCAAAGAGCGCCAUGCGUACACACGUGACUUUUUCUUCUUUGCACCGCUUGACCGUGGUGGACGGCGCCGACGUGGGGUGACGGCCACUCAAAGCAUUCACCAAACCUUCAACGGCGUUCAAAAUGACCCGCGGUGGCGAGCGAGACUGUGCUUGAGGAGCUGCAGCGGCCACUGUUGGGUUGCGCGGAGGAUUAGAUGCCAUGGCGAGGUCGUCGGCAACAGUGGUGGAAUAGACUGCGCGAAAGUGCUGCCGGCAAUACCCUUGUGACUUGGCAGGGAUUUCGCAAUGGGGAGCCAGGCACUUUGUGGUCGUCGCGGGGCAUUUAUUCACAAAACACGUUGGAUCGACGGGCAGUUGAAUGUCCAUCGACUUCCCACUUGUUGCCGGGCUAUUUCGGUGCAGCACACAGCGAAGGGGACCCUCCCCACCAACAAUUGCUGCAGCAUUGCAGAGCUCCCACGAACAGAACGCACUUCCUGGCCUCUGAUGGUUGGUUGUAAUCCUGCUUCGUGUGUGGACGUCACAGGAGCCGUCAGGCGCAGUCGCCGGCCGCUUGCAAAAUACAUUCGUGCACUUGUCGAACUCUAGAGGAGUUUGCUUCGAGCAGUCGUCCUGUGGUGAUAGAUUGGUCGAACUGGCGCAACUGUCAACCUGACUUUGUUGAGAUCGUGCAGAAGAGAGGUUUGGACAAUGCAACGGCACAUCGCUCGGUAGGGGUUGGUGCACUUGUACGUCCCCGUGGACUGGGUAAACUGCAUUGGCGUCGGGUGGGUGUAAGCACAUCGUGCUUCCUGAACAAUCGUCGCUUCGCUGUGGCGUGAUCGUCAUGGCUGGGGCAUAUGGAGAAGUCGAGUCGAUACGCUGUUGAGCAAACGGAGUGCUCAAAGGCUCGUCAAAGUCGUCAUCGAUGUGUAUGGCAUUUUCGGAGUCGUGUGCAGUCAGAGGAAAUUGCCGGCUGAAUGGGUGAUUCAACGUUGGUUUCUUCAACCGAUGGAAGCCACGGGGGCGAGCUGCCCGUUUCCUGCUUCCAGGUUGCCUUCUCGUCAGGACAAUUGGCGGUGUUGCUUGUGUGACGCCGUCGUCAGACUUGGCCGCCGAUGAAAACAGGAUGCGCAGGUCACUUGGACUCGAUACGAUGUACGUGUGCAGAAGAGUUCGAGCUUUGGACAAGAUGUUGGCAUCACGUUUGCAAAACGUACACUUUCGUGCGACAAAACCUUUGUUCGGCGUGAGCUCCAGCGAACGGAUGUGGCGAAUGCAAUGAUUCCCCCGGACCUGGAGCUUCGGGCACGCGUCUGCAGCGCACAGGUUAGUUCCCAAGUACGACGAAUGCCCUGGCAGGCUCCGUCCACCGCAUCUACAACACACAGACGUCUGGGCGCUCAUGGUGAACGUGGGAACGGCAGGUCUCGGUCUAUCGCCGUCGCGGCAGACAGGACCAGGAAGGAGCACUCGACGCAACGUUGAGCCGACGGG